AGGAGGCGGGACUUCCGGGUGGUGGUGUUAAAAACUACGACCUGCCGCGUGUGGAUUGAGGCAGCAGCAGCGCUUGUGAACUCGAUUUCUACAGAAGCAUGGCUGAGAAUGACCCUGAAAACGAGCUGUUGGAUUAUGAAGAGGAUGAGGAGCCGCAGGGAGCGCCGGAGAGCGCCGCCCCGGUGGGCAAGAAGGAGGUGAAGGGCUCCUAUGUGUCCAUCCACAGCUCCGGCUUUAGGGACUUCCUGCUCAAACCAGAGCUGCUCCGAGCCAUCGUAGACUGCGGGUUUGAGCAUCCAUCUGAAGUGCAACACGAGUGCAUUCCCCAGGCCAUCCUCGGCAUGGACAUCCUCUGUCAGGCCAAAUCCGGUAUGGGAAAGACGGCUGUGUUUGUACUCGCUACCCUACAGCAGAUCGAGCCAGUGGACGGACAGGUGUCCGUGCUGGUCAUGUGUCACACGCGUGAGCUGGCGUUUCAGAUCAGUAAGGAGUACGAGCGUUUCUCCAAGUACAUGCCCACCGUGAAAGUGGCCGUGUUCUUCGGUGGGAUGUCCAUAAAGAAGGACGAGGAUGUUCUGAAGAAGAGCUGUCCUCACAUCGUGGUGGGAACACCUGGACGAACCCUCGCCCUCAUCCGGAACAAGACCCUCAACCUGAAGAACGUCAAGCACUUUGUUCUGGACGAGUGCGAUAAGAUGCUGGAGCAGCUCGAUAUGAGGCGUGAUGUUCAGGACAUCUUCAGGUUGACCCCUCAUGAGAAGCAGUGCAUGAUGUUCAGCGCCACACUCAGUAAAGAGAUCCGACCCGUCUGCCGCAAGUUCAUGCAGGACCCGAUGGAGGUGUUUGUGGACGAUGAGACUAAGUUGACCCUUCAUGGUCUGCAGCAGUAUUACUGUAAACUGAAGGACAGCGAGAAGAACCGCAAACUCUUCGACCUCCUCGACGUCCUGGAGUUCAAUCAGGUGGUGAUAUUUGUGAAGUCUGUGCAGCGCUGUGUGGCACUCUCACAGUUACUGGUGGAGCAGAACUUCCCUGCCAUCGCAAUACACAGAGGAAUGGCCCAAGAGGAGAGGUUGUCUCGGUAUCAGCAGUUUAAAGACUUUCAGAGGAGAAUUCUAGUGGCCACAAACCUGUUCGGUCGAGGGAUGGACAUUGAGAGGGUCAACAUCGUUUUUAAUUACGACAUGCCGGAGGACUCUGACACCUACCUGCACAGGGUGGCUCGUGCCGGUCGGUUUGGAACGAAGGGUUUGGCCGUCACCUUUGUGUCAGAUGAGACUGAUGCCAAAAUCCUGAAUGACGUGCAGGACAGAUUCGAGGUUGACGUGGCAGAGUUGCCUGAUGAAAUUGACAUUUCCACUUACAUUGAGCAGUCCAGAUGAGUUCAGAAGAGUGAAGUACCAGCAGAAGCUUUCGGGUCUCAGCGGGGUGAUUGAUGGAACCUCCAUUUUUAAAACCCUUUUUACCUCAAACCUACAAUGUUUUUACUGCUUCUCUUUGGGGAUCGGGCCAGAUGUGUUUUACAACUUUGUCCUAAAUCAUGUUUUUGUUUUGGGGUUUUAAUGAAAUUAAAACUUUUUAUACAACUUCAA